AUGUUAUCCCCUGAUUUAGCUUUGGUCACUUUCCUCUUCCAACCUUUCCUGCCACCAAUGGAUGAUGAUGACUCUUCUUGCUUCUUUUCUAUCUCCACUGUGUCCUCCAUACAAAGAUCUUCUCCUCUACUCAUCUCUUUUUCCAUCUGGGUGUCAAAGCAGAGGAUUUUUAUAGGAUCCCUGUCAUAUUUCGGUAUCAGUUUUGGUGAAGGGUUGUUGACUAUUGGUUGGCUUGAGGUUGAGAUAUCUGGACUUGCGUUUGGUUCAACUACUAUUGGGGAUGAUGUUGAGUCGUCAGAGUUCUUGCCGUUUAUCGGCACGCCUUCAUUCUCGCCGCCGGACUGCCAUCCGCCUAUCACGAGCGCCUACUCAGGAAACUUGUUAAGAAGUCUGGAAAAAAAAGAACAUCACUUAUGGAAGAAAAGAGAUUCAUCUGGUUCGGGACAGAAGGCAAUGAAUCUUGUUCGCAUUAUCUCUGGAGUUCCAAACGAAAAAGUGGCUGUUUACAGUGCUCUAGAUGAGUGGAUAGCAUGGGAGACUGAAUUUCCAUUAAUAGCUGCAGCAAAGGCUUUAAAGAUUUUGAGGAACAGGAAUCAGUGGAAAUGCAUUAUUCAAGUGGGUAAGUGGAUGCUGAGCAAAGGUCAAGGAGCAACAAUGGCAACUUACGACUGCCUUGUACUGGCAUUUGACAUGGACGGACGAGUGGAUGAGGCCGAGACAUUAUGGGACAUGAUUUUGCAUGCGCAUGAUCGGUCAAUAUCAAAGAGGUUGUUUUCUAGGAUGAUAUCCUUGUACGACCAUCAUAACACACCAGAUAAAGUUAUAGAGGUAUUUGCUGACAUGGAGGAGUUGGGAGUGAAGCCGGACCAAGAUACUGUUGGAAGGAUUGGACGAGCUUUCGAGAUGUUGGGUCAAGAGGACAAACGGAGAAUGUUAAUGAUGAAAUACGGAAGUAAAUGGAAAUACAUUUACUUCAAGGGAGAAAGGGUAAAGGUGAAACUUGAUUCUUAA